GUGUCAUGGGCAGUCAGUGGCGAAACGAUCAGCACUGUCAGGGUGGAAGCACAGAAAAGCAUCUGGAAACUGAAGGGAUCGUUCUGUACCAGCAGCAAUUGGACCGGGCAGUGCUUCGUGAGUUGCAACUGCGAGCAGAGCUGUCAGGUCCGCGAGUGGUGCCCUGGACACCUUCGAGUGGACGGGAGCAGCAUUUGGGUGCUGGGCCUGGGCAACCUCAACCAGGCAAGAGUGAUCUAGGCUCCGGCGGCAUGGCUUUGGUGGGUAGAUAUGCCUUAGUAGAAUAUGAUGUUGGUGGUCCUAGGCUUUGGCAUGAGCGGUGGGUCCUGGAACACAUAGCCAAUGAUGAGUACGUGGUAGCUACUCCAGACAGAGAUGUUUUCACAGAAGAUCUUUCUUUGCUGAAUGAAGAUUUGCGAGGGAUUCGAAUACGUCCAGCAGCUGGGGUUGUGCCUCCAGGGGUCACAGCAAAUCAGAUCUAUGGACUUCCAGCUUGGAACGCCGGGGAUCAGGCAGCUUUGCGUGCUGAAGCUGCGAGAGUGGCUCAACAAGAGCGGCAAGGGCGUGGAGCUGCUGCGGCGGGUGCUCCUGCUCCUGCGGUCGCUCCGGUGGUUGCUGGAGCAGGCCAAUCAGCGGGGGCUAGCGGUGGCUAUCCUGCUGGAACCUUGCGGUGGCUAGCAGCUGAAAAGUUCGGUGAUCGGGACUUUGGUUCCGAAGUGCCAGAGGUGGUGGUCAACAAGGUGAAGGGUGCCAAGCAUGUGCAGGACCUUGGUCAAGGAGUGCAUCUCUUUGUCGAGUGCGUGGAUGGCGGAGACUACUCAGCCUUCAUGGGUCGGGCCGGACGUGGCGAUGCCCGCGUCUUGGAGCUGGCUUUGAAUGGUAUGAUGGUGCCUGAGCGAUCUCUUCAAGAUGUGGCGAAGAUUUCUCGUGAGAAGCCAGUGUCGUGGAUCUUACCAGGUCCCCGCACCUCAACCUGGUGCAUCAACUACCUCGCCGUGGAGGGACUGGGCUUUGAAGGCCAUCAUGAGAGAGUGAGGCAGAUAUGCAAAGUCGAUAGCACUGCUUGGGGCAUUGCGGAACACUUCCAAGUUAGCAUGGCUCUGCGACAAGCCCUGCUUGUGGAUCAGCUGAAUGGAUGCAACCUUCUGAGCGUGGAGAUUCAGUUUCGGAGGCUGCAGACGAUAGAGUUCUCCUACGCCGAGAAAGCCCGGGAGAACGAAAAUCGAUCAAUGCCUGGAAAGCUGAGCCUUGAAGAGCAGAGAAGGCCAGAGAGGAGCGAGAAGCUGCUCGAAAACAAAACUCCGCCGCCAAGAAAAAGGGCGGCGGAGAUGAAAAUGCAUGAUGAGGAUCUGCCUCAGCUGGAUAGCCAUAAGGUUGAGGCAGAGAAUUAUGGCUGUGGAGGUCGCAGAGUUGCACGUGAUCUCUUUCCCUUGCCGGUCCCUACAGUGGAGCCGCCAGCUAGGAGCUGCUUGUCAAGAGGCUGCAAGCAGAGGAUUGGCAAGAGAAGGGAGGUCGAGAAGGAGGUCUGUCACACCGUCAGAUCUCUCAAUUUUUUGCAUGGAGGCAGUGGUUGGGAUCCUGGGCAGUCCGUGUGUGAAACUUUGUGCAUGAGCGCGGCCCAGGAGAAGUCACUGGAAUUCAUUGGUGCCUGCGUCGCUGAACUUGGCGGCCCAGGCAGUAUUGAUGGUUCAGAAGCCUUGCAAGCGCUUCGAAUCUCCGAGGACUAUGGUGGAACACCAGCCCCAUCAGCCCUUGGGUCCUUCGAUCCCGAACUCAUCUCGUUGCCUGCUGAGGAGUUGAAGCCCAACGAUCUGGCUAUGCUAUGGGGUGAGGACGGGCACAGUGCGGUGAAGGACUUUAUCCGCAAGCAAGUGCUGACCCGGGAAGAAGCAUCGAUCCAGCUCAGGGAAGCUGGGGUUGAGCGGUGCUACUCGGACCCUUUGUUGCGACAUCAGCCCACCUUCUGUGCCUUCGUGAAGAGACUAUGGAAGCUGGGUUUGGUGGACUUGAGUACAGAUGGGGGAGUGGAGCACGUGGAACUGUUCUGUGUGAAGAAGAAGCAGAGCAAACUUCGUCUCAUUGUGGAUUGUCGGAGGUCCAACUCUUGGUGCAGGGCUCCGGAAAAUGUGAGGUUGACUUCAGGUGAUAGCCUGAGCAAGAUUGAGCUCGGCGAGGAUGAAGAGCUCUUUGUUUGUUCAGCAGAUCUUCAGAAUGCCUUCUACACCAUGAAGAUGCCGGAGGAGCUGAGGAAGUUUUUCUGCCUCAGGUCAGUGACGGCAAAAGAAAUAGGCCUCACCGAGCUUAAUGGGAAGAGGCUGCGGCAGUCAGACCGUCUGACACCCCGUAUGGCUGUGUUGCCCAUGGGAUGGGCGUGGGCUUUGUGGUGGUGCCAACGACUUCAUGAGCGCAUAGCUGAAAGGGCCGGGCUUCUUCCUUCAGAACGACUCCAAGACUUUUGUGCGCCUCCCCUGGGUAAGUUCUGGCAUGUGCAGUAUGUUGACAACUUGCACGUGAUGGGGACCAACCGGGGGGAGGUGCUGAGUCGUUUCCGCCGAGCGGUCUCUGAGCUUCGAUGUGCGGGGCUCACCGUCCAUGAGGAGGAGGAGUUUGAAGAGGAGACCAAGAUCUUGGGUUGGCAGUAUGACAACAUGGGCAAGUUUCGUCCUAGCCGCCAGCGGGUUUGGAGGGUUCGACUGGCUCUUCGACACUUGCUGAAGCGAGGGCGAGCCAGUGGACAAGAGAUAGAGAGGCUCCUUGGACACAUCACCUUCAUAGCCCUGGGACGUCGCGAAACGCUGUCCAUCUUCGGCGAGUGCUACACUUUUAUCCAGAAACACUAUCGAACUGAAGUGCCACUCUGGAAAAGCGUGCGGUUCGAGCUGAAUGUUUGGGACGGCAUAGCACCUUUAGUUGUUCAAGAUCUUCGUAGCCCCUGGGUACCCCAAAUCAGUGCAGUUGAUGCUUCGGAGUGGGGUCUUGGUGUAUGUGUUGGGGAAGUCAGUGUUGAUGAAUGCAGAGAGCUAGGUCGGUACAAUGAGAGGUGGAGGUUUCGGUUGAAGAAUGCUAGUAGAGCUCGAGCUUUUAUUUUGGCAGACGAUCAAUUUCAAGGUGAACCCUGUGUAGCUGUUGAAGCAGAUUUCACUAUUGAUGAUGUGAUUAACAACUUUGAGACGGUGGCGGUGACAUGGCCUCAGAAAGUCAAAAAGAAUGCGAGAAAGGAGAAGCUGGCUCCUGCGGCGGCCUUGAUAGUAGAGCCGCCACGGCAGGGUCCAGUUGCUUGGGAAGUCGAGAUGUCAAAGGGGCCGAGCAAGCAAAAGAAGAAGCGCAGGGCCGCGCAGAGACAGGCAAAGGCCCUGUCACUGGCACCUUCAAAGUAUGUGAACCUGAGGAUGGCGUCAGUGAGCAAUGCUACCCUGAAGCGAUAUCAACAGGUGAAAGGCGACUUUGUGGGGUGGCAGCGAAAAAAGAAGAUCAAGGACAAGUACAAGGCGCUAGAGAGCUACUUGGAGCACUUGUACCUGGUGGGAGAAGACCUCUCUCUGGGGACUUACACUGUAGCAGCCCUUGUUCACUUCGAGCCGGAAAUGAAAUCCCAUCCCAGCAUGCCAAGGGUUCAGCAGACCUUGAAGGGGUGGCGCAAGAUGUGCCCACCUCGCAGCCGAAUGCCCCUGCCGUACGAGGUGGUCUGCCUGGUUGCUGUGAAAGCCAUCGAAGCCAACAAGCCCGAGAUCGCCCUGGCCUUGCUCCUCACAUUCUUCCUUUACCUUCGGCCGACGGAGUUCGAGACGUUGAGGACUCAGGACAUUGUCAGGCCGGUGAAAGGGGGAAAAGAGGUGUAUCGCCACUGGAGCAUCCUUUUGCAUCCCAUGGAGGAAGGAGUUCCUUCAAAGACCUUGCAAUGGGACGAGAGUCUGACCUUGGACCUCGAGCACAUGAAGCAGUUGGGCCCAGCCAUGGGUCGCGUGUUGGGUUUGCAGAGAAGGCCCAAGAAUCAGCUCAGCUUCACUACCAGCAGCCAGGAAGUCACCGAGUUCAUGAAGGAUAUGUGGCCCCAGAGCGGUUUGCAGCCGAUCGGGGAGCCACACAUGUACCGACUGAGACACGGGGGGGCCACCUUCGAGUUAGCAAACAAGCUCCGCCCCCUUCAGGAAGUCCAACUUCGAGGGAGAUGGAAGGCUUUGAAGAGCCUGAAAAACUACGAAAAAGGCGGUGCAAAGCCUCGAUCGGCACCUGCGCAACCUGCACUGAAGCCUCAAUGCUCGCUAAAGCUUCCAGUGUUUCUGGAGAUCUUCAGUGGCUCUGGGCGCUUGGGUCGAGCAGUUGGGCGUGUGGUAGGCAUCGCUGUUUUGUUGUGGGACAUCAACUUUGGGCCGGAGUACGACCUUACCAAUCCUAGUAUUCAACACCGAGUCAUGGAAUGGAUACGCACUGGUUAUGUUGUGGGCCUCCCCGACUUCGUUCUGAUGAAUGCCCACUUGGGCUGGAAGGACUCAAACCACAUGAUGCUCAGAAGGUUUGGCAAUCAAGUGGCCUCAGACAGCGAUUGCCUUUUAGUUUUUGCCUCUCGGGACUGGACCAUUCCCAUAGAAGAUCUGCCCAUUUGCUGCUUGGUGCUGCGCAAACAGCCACCGAGAUUGAUCGAUAUCACUAGAGACCGCUUCCAGAGGCAAAGGUAUCCGCUCACAAAUCCAUAUCCUGAUCGCUUUCCAUCCUUGCAGUUUUCUGAUACAAAUGUCAUGGAGUAUAUCUUGGCAGCAGAUGGUCAAGGAGUAAAUGAUAAGGAUGAAGUGUGGUCAGAGCUCGAGUUCCUAAUCACCCAGGGACAGCUGUGGGAUGAUGAAGAUGACGACGAGAACUACUGCUAUCGGAAUUGCACUGCUUUGCAUUAUGCGGCAGCUUUGAAUGAAGUCGCUCUUUGCAAACUGAUUUUGGAUCAUCCACAUUUUCAUGAAGCGGAUUCUUUUGCAAGUUUGGCAGAGGGUCCCUUCUGUUUUCGCGACGGUUGGACUGCUUUGCACGUGGCUUCCGCUGCGGGUGCGCGGGAGGUCUGCACACUCUUGUUGCAGCAUGCAAAAUUUACGGCCCUUCAAAACCAGGAUGAUGCUGGUGGAUUGACGGCUCUUCAUUUGGCAGUGAUGUUUGGACGCCACGACAUUGUCUCAGACUUACUGGGCAGUUUUGACCUCGCGGCCAUCAACUUGCGUAACCGCAGUGGGAUGACAGCUGUGGAUCUGGUGUUGGAGGGAAUGGAGGAUGCUCCUUGCAAGUUUUACAAGUCCAAGUAUUGGAAGAUGUUGGAAUUGAUGGUACCGAAGUUAGAUGCUGUCUCCUGGCAGGCCCUGACCGAAAAUCUCAUCCAUGAGUCCAAGCAAGAAGUGUUGAGGCUGUUCCAACACCGUGGGAAGAUGAUGGCCGGGGCUCACCUUGGAAAUGGCUACAUUGACCUCAAACUGCUAUACCACGAUGACAGCAGGGAGCUUUCAGCCAAGGAUGAUCGGGCGCAACGGCGAUACUUGACCCAAGAGAGAAGAAGAAAAACAUGUCUGAAAGCACAGAUCUCUCAAAAGAAAACUUUGUCCUCACAGCGUAGUCGAAACAUAGCAUUUUCAAGCGGUGCCUGGAAGGAAGCAGCCUGGACCGAAGCAUAG